AUUUUCUUUUUUUGCAUUUAGUGGAAGCUUUACUCUAAAACCAACCCGAUUUAGAAAGUAAUCAGGUUUACAAAUUUUCUUAUGGUUCCCGUCCCUUUAUGACAGUUUCAUUUGCGUAAAAUGUACUUUCAGUUAUGAAACUAUAACACAUAUACAUUUCUCCAAAAAAAUCCACAACACAUAUAUAUGUAUGUAUGAAUAGUAUUUAUUCUGCUCACUUGAUUACAUUACUUGCAGGUUAAUAACAACGUCUUUGUUGUUUUUUUUCUUUUUGCAGCCAUAUUGAUUCAUAUUUAUAUGUGGAGCUCCAAAAGAUCCUUUGAAAAUAUGGAACUUACAAAGCAAAAAACGAUGAUCACGAGUCCUUUCUCCUAGGACCAACGUAGCAAACCUAGUGUUAAGCAAUCAAUGAACUAAUCUUGAAUUAAACAAGUAAAAAGUAAAAAGCUCAUCCAUAUAUUAAGGAGAAGAACUUGACCAACAAUAUAUUUAUAAAAUAUGAAGGAAAAGAAAGCCAACCAGUUAUAUUAACGACGUCCUUAAAUGUAUAAAACCAGGAUGUUUUAUGUGCGUACUCAACGAUAUACACACGUCUUAUUUACGGAAAAUGUUUCUUUUUUUGCUAACGGAAAAUAUUUCUUGUUAGCACUAAUUAAACUAUCCGACGUGGCUUUUAUAGAAAACAAUUUAUGGCAAAGGUUUAAAAAAAAAGAAAAGAAAUAGUAUGAAAAUACUGCGUCGUCAGAGAAAGAACUUUGUUUUACACAACUAAAAUAAUUUGAACCUUUAUAUUCCGGUAUUAUAUGUUUAUAUUUUUGUAUUAUGGUUUCGUACUACCAAAUUUGAUUAAGCUAAAUUUGUGAUGAAGGGAUCAGUGAUAGUUAAAAAAUAGUUCCACAUUGCCGAAGCCGAGCGAAUUAGUACAGUAUUAUUUAGAAUCAAAUAAUUCAAUAUUCCAGUUCAUUCUCUUGCCUUCAUCAUUUCCAUUUUUUCAUUUAUAGUUUUAUUUAAACAUCUCUCUUCUCUCUCACUCUCUCUAGAUCACUACUUCUCCUUUAAGCUCAAUCACAACAAACUCACAAUCAAAUAAAAUAAGAUAUAUAAACACACAAAGAGACCGGCCUCCAACUGAGUCAGAAGCUUUUUCACUCUCUCCCCUACAUCCUUUCUUUCUUCUUGAAACUACAGAGAUGGACGAUAAGUGGAAGGUGUCGAAAAAGGAUGCAUCGUCCUCAUCUUCUAGUUCCUCUAAAUCCAAGUUCUCUAGAAGCUUCUCAACGAGUGCUUCAUCCACAAAGGCUCCUGUAUUUAUACGGAGCUCGUCCACCAAAUGCUCAGUGUCAUCUUCUUCAUCUUCCAUCUCCAGUAGCUCAUCGAAAAAAGAGAAGGGAUCAUCGUCAUCUUCCAUUACCCAAAAGUACAGUAGCUUGGCCAAAGAACAAAAAGGAAGGUUUUAUAUCAUGAGAAGGUGUGUGGCUAUGCUUGUCUGUUGGCAUAAACAUGAUUCCUAGCUUAGAUCUCAUGCAUUCUAUAUUCCUUUUGUUUUGGUAUUAGAUCACUUUGAUUCUGUACUCUAGGUUGUUGCUACAAGUUUAUAUACUAAGUACAUUGUAAGAAAGAGAUUCUUUUGAUAAUUAAUAUAUUAUUAUUAUUA